AUGAACAUCAGCGACUACAAACCCGAACAAGAAGAGCUCGAGCAGCUCACUCCACAGAAGCGUCGAAAAGCGAAGCCUCAGAAGAACACGACGAAGGGCGACAAAACGCCUCAAAAGUGUAAAGGCCGCCCUGAGAUUGGCAACAACACGCUCUCGAUCCGUCUGGAGUGUAGUGAGAAGUUCCGUGAGCUUCGCUUCAUCCACGGCAAGGAUGAAGGCAGUAUCCGUGUCCUACAGCAACUCGACAUUGUGCAAAAUCAACACAGAUGGCACAUCUUCGUCAUCUGCUUUAGUCGUCUGGACGCCUCUUGCCCUAUCGAGCAUGCUGAUCCAUACCGUAUCGCUCUCUGUGGGCACCCGCGUAGAUGGAAGAGAAGUAAACCCAACCAGCACAACGAAAAGUUCAUUGCUAGAUCAUCUACUGAAUUGACCCGUAGCAUGGACACCCGUCUCGUGGACUUCACCAGAUUUCCUGGCAACCCCAGCACGAAGCGCAGCAAGAGGGGCAAUAUCGCGAUCAAGAAGUGGUCGAAUGGCGAGGAUGUUCAGAAGUGGAUCGAGAUCUUUCAGGUUGAUACUGUCAUCUUUCAGGACGAUGAGGAGCCUCUUGAUUUCUGCAUUUGA